AUGGCCGAUAUCCUUACGCAGCUCCAAACAUGCCUGGAUCAACUUGCAACCCAAUUCUACGCAACACUCGGCUACCUCACAACAUACCACGACAAUGCACCCACGACACCGCCAUCGAAUGUCCCCAAUUCUGCACCGGCACUAGCCAAGAUAACAAAGAACUCAUCCGCCCCACCAGUUCCAGCAGCUAUCGCAAACAAGGCCGGAGGCGCCGCGGCCAUCGCAGGUAACGCAUCACCUCCACUGGCCCCUCCACAGCAGCCUGGCGCAGCACCGGUGGCAGCAGCAGGCGAGGGUGAUGAUCCCAACCUUCCGCCUGCACCGGACUCGCCUCGUACAUUUGCAAGCCGACAGCGGGAGCUCGCACGCGAUUUGAUCAUCAAGGAGCAGCAGAUUGAAUACCUCAUCUCUGUGCUUCCUGGGAUCAGUACAUCUGAAGCUGAGCAGGAGAGCAGGAUAAGGGAACUGGAGACUGAGCUUCGGGGUGUGGAGACCGAGCGUGCGGAGAAGGUACGUGAGCUGAAGAAGUUGAGGGCCAGACUGGAAAAUGUUCUCGGUGCAGUCUCUAUGGGCAUCCAUGGAGAUGGACACUCGCAAAAAUAA